AUGUGGCAGUGUAUUGAGUCUUGGCUCCUCUGGUUUUACCAGCUGGUUAAGGAUUGGCCUUGGUUAUCUGAUAUGAUUUUCUCUCCGAGACUUCGUUGGGCCUUUGCGGCUUUGUUGGCGUCUUCGAAAACGGCUCGGACUGAGAGUCUGGCUGAUAUCGACCAUGUCAUCUUGUUUAUGCAAGAGAACCGUGCUUUUGAUCACUACUUCGGUACGAUGCCCGGAGUUCGUGGCUUUGCGGAUCCAAAUGUUCAGUACAACAACGGCAUCCCUGUCUGGAAACAGCAAGUCACUCCUCAACAGAGCAAAGACACUGAUUACAUCACACCCUGGUACAUCAACUACCUCGGCGGAACAUGGCCUGAAGCUACUCAGUGCAUGAGUGCCGGGUCCAACGGCUGGGAUGCCAACCAAGCUGCUUGGAACCAUGGUGCCAACAACCAGUGGGCUGUCAAGAACACCCCCUACAGUAUUGGCUACUACAAGCGUGAGGAUCUCCCUGUUCACUUUGCCCUUGCUGAAGAGUGGACUGUUGGUGAUAUGUACCAAGAGUCCGUCAUCGCUUCUACCAACCCCAACCGCGUCAUGUGGAUCAGUGGAUCCAUUAAUGUCCCUGGUUCACCUCAGACCAAGGAUGAGGGUGGAUACCCUUACAUCGAUAACAAUGAGACACCUGGUUGUGACAAGAAUGGCAUCAACUGCUACCCUCUCAAGUGGUCCACUGCUGCUGAGAAGUAUGAGGCUGCUGGUGUCUCAUGGAGUGUCUUCCAAGAUGCUGACAACUUUGACGACAACCCUUAUGCUUGGUUCGAACAGUUCCAAGAUUCCAAGAAGGGAUCGGACUUGAACAACAAGGGUAUGAAAGGACAGUCCUUGGACGCUUUCUAUGCUCAGGCUGCCGCCGGAACCCUCCCUGAGGUCUCAUACAUCGUCGGUCCCAUGCAGCUCUCAGAGCAUCCUCCUUACUCUCCCCACGAUGGCUCUUGGCUCCAGCGAAAGGUUGCUGAGGCUGUCAUCAACUCCCCCAAGUACUCCAGGUCGGUCUUGAUCGUCUCAUAUGAUGAGACGGGUGGCUGGGCCGACCAUGUCAGUCCUUACACUUCUCCCGAUGGCACUGCUGGUGAAUGGAUUGAUGAUCCUUAUGGUGCAGCCGGUCGCACUGCUACAGGUCCCGGCUUCCGCGUCCCCUUCUACAUCAUUUCACCCUUCACCCGUAAGGGAGGUGUCUACACUGAGCAUUGCGACCACACUUCUCAGGUGUCCUUCAUUGAGAAAUGGCAGGCUGCUAAGGGUCGAGAUGUCACCACCGAUGAGAUGGUUCCCUGGCGUCGCGAGAACAUGGCUGAUCUCGUCAACGCCUUUGACUUCAAGAACCCUGACUACAGUAUUCCCAACCUCCCUGAAGCUCCUCAACCUCAUACCAACAGCAAGGGUGUUUACGAUGGCUCAUCAUACUGUUCUUCCCAGUAUGGUAAUGGUCGACCUCCUGUUCCCUACACUGGUGAGGGUGUCAACAAUGAUACUGCAAGUCUUGCCGAGGCUGGUUUCAAGCCUGUUCGCGGAUUGCUCACUGAAGGCCGUACACUUGUUCUCGAAGCAUCCGGCCAGGCUGUUAGUACUGCGCCAUAUGGUAACAAGGUUUCACUGAGCAAGGCGUCAAAGAAUCACGACAACAUCCAGCAUGGAUGGGUCCUUCAUGCUGUUGAUAUUGGUGGCGAUCAAUUCACUAUCAGCUCUGCCAACAACGGCCAGUACAUCUGCAAGAACCUCAAGCUCUGCAAGGAUUCUGGUUCUGCUUCAUUGUUUAUCGUGGACUUCAAGCCAAGCAAUGGUCAUUCUUUCAAGGAUCAGAAGUCUGGGCAGUAUCUGACUACUGGCAGAAAGGAGAAGCUGGGUUGGCAGAAGAACCAGACUUUCUGGAAAGUCUUCAGUGUCACUUACUGA